AUGGAUUCUUCCGCAGCUAUGAAUGCAUCAAAUAAAGAACUUCAUAUGGCAUCGAAUUCUGAUUCCGGUGAUACAAUUAUUCCAUUAGAAAAUCCUAAUAAUGUACCGACAAUUGUUGUUCAUUCACCAACAAGUGAUACUGAUCUAAGUGUUACACCUGCUUUUCCAAAUUUUUCAACGAAUGAAGAAGUUGUUAAUCAACCAGUAUCUACUGAUCCUAUAGAACCAUCUAAUACAAAUUUAGAAGAAGAUGAAGAAGAAGAAAAUAAAUCUGUCUUAGUACCAAUGACUACUCCAAAUCUACCACAACAAAAUACUCAAUUACUUGAUGAAUUGAAAUAUUUACUAAAACCAACAAAUUCAUUAGCAACCUCAAAUUCAGUAAUACAAGAAUCCCAAGAAGCAGAUGCAGCUAUAAAACGUCGAACACUUCAAUUUGACGAGAAUUUAAUGACAAAUGCUAACAACUCGUUAAUUGAUGAUUUAACACCAAAUGAAAUUAAAUCACUGAAUGCAGCAGAACGUCGUUCCAUUGCAUCACGUAGUCAUCGAUCAUCAUCAAACGCUGACUCAAUAGGUAAUGGAUCACGAAAUCCAUCAAUGCAACCAAGUAUACAUCCCCGUACUCAAUCUCAAUCAUCAUCAUCAGCCGCUCCCAUUACUCAACCUGAACAACGUACUUUGUUGAGUCAACUUUCUGGUUUAACUUGGGCAUUUAUUGCAGCUUAUUCUUUUACUAUCAUCUUAUUUCUAACUCGAAUGUGUGGAAUUGAUCUUAUCUUUGGAUUUUUCUUGCAAAUGAUUAUUCAAACAAUAGCAUUUGGUGUUUAUGCUUUCUAUAAAGGUUAUAAUUUAUUAGGACCAUCGGAUCAUCGAAUUGCAAUGAUUUGUCGUGCUGUACUAAUUGGUAUUGGUUCAUUGACUUCUUUCCUUGCCUAUUACUUUAUAACAAUAGUGGAUCUUUCAGCCAUUCGACAGAGUCAAGUCAUAGUGACUAUAAUACUUUCUAUAGUUGUUCUUCAUGAACGUGCUACUAUAGCACGUAUUAUUGCGUGUGGUAUAACAUUUAUUGCUAUAAUGAUUUUUUAUGCAGAAGAAGCAUUUAGUUCGUACAACACUUUCUGGAAUCCAAAUGUAAUAACGUGGAAUCAUCUUCUCGGCAUUAGUCUUGCUCUUUGUACGGCUAUUACUCAUAGCAUAGCAUCAACAAUGAACAAACGUUAUUUUAGUAUUGAACAAUUACAUAAUACUGUUUUAUGUUUUUGGUCAGCUGUAUCAGCAUUCAUUAUAUCAAGUAUUGUUCUAUUUAUAAAACACUUUUUUUCAAGUGGUGCACACUCAUAUUCUGUGUAUAGACAACGUCUUUUUUUUGCUGAUACACACUUAUUUCCUCAUGAUUGGCGUUUAUUUGUCAGUUUUUUACUAGCAUUAGCAUCAAUUUUUGUUUUUAUUGCUAAUCAAAAAGCAAUAAAACGUGGACCUCCUUCAAUAGUAACAUUAAUUUAUUCAACAGAUAUUGUACUUGCAUUGAUCUUACACAAUAUAUUUUCACGUAUUAAAAGUAGUAAAGCCGGUCUACUAGGUUGUGUGUUAAUAUUAAUAUCUAUUUUGGUCGUUUGUCUGGAAGUAUUUAUAGCGGAGAAAAAUAGAAAGAAAAUGGCAAUUAAAAUAGUAGAAGCAGCGAAUGCAAGUACACAAAAAUUUGACUUACCAAAACCAUCAAUUUUAAAAAAACCAAAAAAACAGUUUUUGACAUAA